AUGGGAAUUUUAAGUUAUUUUUGCUCUGCUUUUUCUUAUAAAUGCAGUUUUGAACUUCACCUUGAUCGAAAUGAAACGAGGGGUAAACGGUGUAUACCGGAUGAAUGUAAUGCCCGGCAAUUGACCGAACCUUUAAAUCCUUGCCAGGCGGACACAAGUUUGACCAAAGCUCUAGCCCAUAUCUACAAACUGCGUCUUAAUCUAUUUAAACGUGAAAAUUUUCAUAUGCAAGAUCUGAUACUGCUUCUCCGCAAACACGAUGAACGCGGCACGGGCUACGUCACCAUGGAAAGUAUUUGGGAGGUCAUGUACAAUUUGCAAAUACACGUAAAUGUGGAUAAAUUACGUUUGGCAGCGUUAAGCUUCGAUAUCAUUACGGAUCAGGGAUUACCAACGGAACGUUUGCACAUAAAUAAAUUUUGGAAAAUGCUAGACGUACGUUAUCCUCUGCCGCGUAUUGAAAGUGUUAAGUCAUUUCACGACAACAAAGAUACGACCUAUCGGCUCUUGUGUGAAGAUUAUAAAAAGCCGUUAGGAUCACUUUUUAUAUCCUAUCAAAGCCGAUCGAACGAUGAGAGCCGGACGCGAGCCAGCGAUUUAGUCUGUCCAGGAAUUCCGUUACAAUUUGGCUUAUGUCCAAGUGAUUUUGAAAUUCCCCGGUCUAAAGAGCAACUAAGAGCAAUUUUCAAAAAUCUAUUGGGUCAAAAUUUCGAUGAGGUAUGGGAGCUAACUCGAGCCACACUGAAAGGAGAUGAAAAUUGUGAAAUAUCAGUAAACGAUUUGCAUAAAACUAUGACAACAAUUGCGAAUGAGUAG